UUGGACAAGUUCAUCGAUAAUUCGGUCCAGUUGUUAGCUGCUGGAGAUUUAGUCUGAGGACUGAGUGUGCUUAUAUUUUCCUGCAACAUGCAUAUUUUUGCUGGCAGGGAUCACAGCGCCGCUAACGUGGUGUACGACAUGUACCAGUGAAAUGGUAUGGAUGUGCUGAUCAACGGAGCGCUGCAACACGGCGUCGUCAUCGGUCUGGCCACUAUGGGCAACGGCUCGCAGGGCGUGCUGGUCGACUUCGACUGUCCGCAGCGUCAUUGUGAGUUUGUCGAAUACGGGAACAUCUUCAGCGGCUCGAACGGGUCGCCCGAGUCCUGGAAGCACUGGAAGAAUCCGGCGUGGGUGGAGAGCCAUCCUCUGCAGGCUCUGCUGCGUAUCGGACGGGAUCGGGCGUGGACGUGGUGGCCUGUCAAAUUAGCAUUCCCCGAGGACCCCCAGUUGGGGCAACCGUCGUGCGGCGAUGCCGAGUGUGGACUGGUGGAGGUGCAGUGGGGCGAUGCGGUAACGAAGGAACUAAUCCCGUUCCGUCAGAUCCGUGGGGUGCCUUCGCCUCAAGAUCUGCAGGGGCGGCGCGUGGGACCAGAUCAUUUUGUCAGCCGCGAAUGUCGUCUGCCGAAGGGAUACUGGUGGGCGUCCUCGGGGGCAACGCGGCUGCUGUGGCAGAAGCUCAGCGGCCAAUGCAGUGCCUGCUGCAUCGCCGUGCGCACUGAGUGCUUCGCGUACUUUCAACGGAGCGACCGACAGCCUAUUCCACCCGUCGACUUGGACUGGACUUUAGACUAUAUUGUACGGCACCAGUCUGGCGACCGCAGUGAUAACGAAGAACGCCGAGAAAGCUCAUGGGACCGCUUCGUUCCCCCUGUGAGAAAAGUCAGAGCUCCGCCCACCGACGAGCAUCGAACGAGUCUCGGCAUCCCGCUACCACGCGAAGUAUUAGCGGAGAUCUUCCAGUCACUGGACAGCAUCGAGCGCGUUCGCAAGCGGCGCGUCUGCGGCCUUUGGGAUGCGAUGCUGGAGCCGAAUGCAAUCGGCAAGCACCUGUGGAUCUCCUGUCGGCAUCCUUUCCAUCAGCACCGUCGGUUGGAGGCGGAGCAGUUUGUCCUGGCUGUCUGCAUGCUCAAGUGCGCCAUUCCCGCCACGGACACGAUCAUACUGGAGGAUUCCAAGGAGUUAGCCUACUUUUCGCGGGACGUGUUUGGAUUAUUAAGCGAUCUCUUGCAAGAUCAGCGCAUUACGACGCUGGUCCUGUCGCGGUGUGUUUUCAGCGAUAAUGAUUUUGAAUAUGAGGAUUACAUGGAGAAGGAUUACUUGGACUGGAUCAAUGAUCGCCUGUCCGCGAUGGCCGCAAGCUGCAGUGUGGUGGUGUGGCGCGACUGUCCGCUGACGAUGCUGACAGACAGCGUGCAGGUGACCUUUGUGAAGUUCCGUCUGCUGGAUGCCCCCGCACAGCGAUUGACGCAGUUGUGGGAUGCCUAUGAAAGGUCACUGGUGUCCAGGGAGUGGGUUGGUGUGCCGCGGCUUGCCGAGUGAAUGCUCGGCUGCAUCACUGAGGCGCCCGUUGGCAUCCUUUGGGUAAUACGAUGGAUUAUCUCGGCAAUUUGGUGUUUUUUUUUAAUAAUUUCUGUAUGUGCCACGCUUCCAGACUAUCACGUCAACUGCUUCACUUGCCAGUUGAAAUUAUAGAAUUUGUUUGGCAUUUCUGAUUACUGCUGCGAACUGUUUCGGGU